UGUCACUUUCAUAAAAAUGAUUGGCGGAAAUUGAGAAAUAAAUAUCACAAGCUCGAUUCUUUUUGUCAUUUUGGCUAAGAAUAUUUGUCCAUGCCAAGUAAUUAAAUUAGGCGGCUAACUUACAAUAUUGUUCCUUUUCUUAACUGAAUUUUGUUAUUUUUUUUCUUCUACUAAAAACAUUUUCUAACAAUGAGUACAUUUUUGAUGAAGAUGGACAAGACAACAUUUAUAAUGAGCAAGGAGAAAUCGUUCACGAUCCGAUGGAGGAUGUUCUUACACAAAUUGAUAAUCCGAAUGUAAUUCUUGAAACAAUUACUAGCCAGAAAACCUAUUUAAGUAUUAUACGCCCGGAGAAAACUGUUGAAGAGUCUUCUCCUAAAAAGCAACCGAAGACUGAACUACCAGAUUUGGAUAGAUCAUACAAAAACUAUAGCGACUUUACCAGAGAGACGUUUAUAGAUCGUAUGAUUGAAAAGUCUGAAGAACGUGGAUUGGUGGUUAAGGUUGCAAAAGACCUAAAUAUCAAUUAUCGCGCUGCGUUAAGAGGGUGGAAUAGUUAUAAAGAAACAGAGGAGAUCCCAUAUAAGAAAUUCAAAGAAAACAAUGACCCUAAAAGCUCGUUCACUAUUAAACAUAACGAGUAUCUACAGGGUUUAUUAGAUAAUGAUCCUCAACUAUUUUCGGAUGAUAUUAUGAAAAGCUUGACUGAACAAUUUGAAGGCUUCACUAUCUCAAAGUCGCAACUAAAUAAUCAUUUACGUAAUACAAUGCUCACCAUCAUCAAGAAAUCAUUGUUUGAAAACCGGAUUAAAGCAUGGCAGAGGCAAUGUAGCUCAAAGAAAUAUUUUCUUGAAAGAAAUUGAUAAUCGGCUUCUAUAGGUUGAAUUUAUUUAAACAAAUCAUCGUAAAGCUGAUUUUGUAUGUAUAUCGCAUCUUCUUCUUCCUCACUUUUAGUAUUUAUAAUAUUGUCACCAUGUCGAAACGAAAGGAAGAAAACAAUAGCGAAAAAGAAAAUGACGAUGAUUUGAAUACCAUUGAAUCGAAGAUUGCUGCUUCAAAUAAGAGACGAAAAAAGACCGAAGAGCUAUUUAUAGCUUAUGAUAUGGAGUCAAUAAUAGAACAAAAGACAGUAAAAAAAAAAAAAAAAA